AUGCAGCCAUCCAAGACAGACCGAGGUGGUGGUGUUCCCGCUGCCUCCAAUCCACCUCCAGCCUCUACAGACGACACCGACCUCGCCUCAGCCGCCAACCUCCGCAAGCUUGUUCUCAACUACCUCUUGCAUCACUGCUACACUGACACCGCCGUAGCUUUCGCCAAAGAUGGAAUUAUCGGUGACCUCUAUGGUGCCGAGUUUACCAACCUACCUGGCUCCUCCGAUGCUGCUGGAGCGACAUCCAACACUGCUCGUGCUGCAUCCUCUUCUUCAGCCUCAGCUUCGAAUUCAACGGCCAACGCAUCUGUAAGCUCGAGCACAGACUCGCCUCUUCGUGGCAGCAACGGUGCUGCUGGUCGGCAAGCACAUCCUCUCUCAGCACCUCCGCUCUCGCGCGAUGACUCGAGUAUGGAGAUCGAAGUUGAGAAUCUCCUUCCUACGUCUUCUGAGCAUCUUGAUACCUCUGCCUCCACAGCAAAUGAGUACAGCAAUGGGUACUCGAACGGUGCUUCGGCUCGCCGCAAUGGCCAAGGUCCACGCAUAAGGUCAGCUGCACAAGCACAGCAAGCUGAAGAGCACGAUGAGGAGGAUCUUGAGGAUGCUGAACUCGCAUCUGAGGAGGAUGAGAUGCAAGACGAGCUGGAUGUCGAUAUCAGUCCCUACCUCACAGCUGAAGAUCUGAGGGCGGUAAGGGCGCGCAAGCAGAUCAAAGAUCACAUUAUCUCGGGCAACAUACGCCAGGCGAUAGAUAUGAUCAAUGAGCAUUUCCCUACCGUCCUCAACAGUGGUGCUUCGACUAGUGGCAGUGGGGCCAAAGCAGCACGGACGAAGACGGCUGUCACUUCCAGUGGCGCAAAUGCGGGCUUCGACAAGGUUUUGCCAGCAAAUCCGACAAGUAUGGAUGCAGACCAUCUUUUGCUCAACCUCCAAAUUCAAGUUUUCAUCGAAGCUAUCAGAUCAGCGUCCUCUUCUCAGCUGGCUUGUAAUUCCUCUUGCACUGCCCAACUCGGUGUGUCGGUUGGAAGCUUACCCUCACUAGCGAGUACAACACCGGGCAUUGCAGCAGCAGCUAUCUCCCGAGCUGCCUCUCCUGCUCCCUCAACAUCCUCAUCCAGUGGCUCAGCUACCUCAGCAACGGGUACGAAUGCAGCUCUCAACCCCGCACUCCAUUCCGCACUCGCCUAUGCACAGGGGUUGUAUGCUUCAGCGCAAAGACUGCCGAGCUUUUGGAGAGCGAUGUAUCUCAAAGAGCUAGAACAAGUUACUGCGUUAUUGGCGUAUACAGAUGUAGAGCAUAGUCCGGUUAGGAGGUUCUUGCAUAGGUCGAGGAAAGUUGCUUUGGCGGAACAGGUGAAUAGUGCAAUUCUGUUGAGGAGUGGCAAACCUAGUCAGCCGUUGGUGGAGGUAGCGGUUAGACAGACGACGUUUUUGUGGAAUCAGUUGGUGGGGGAGGAGGUGCAGGUGGGGUUGGGACAUCCCGUUUGGGGGUUGGUUAGUGGGAGUUCAUACCGAGAGGAGGGUGGUGGAGCAGGGGUUGGUGGGAACGGGGGGAAGAAGGGAGCGAAUGGGAAAAAGUUGCCGAGUUGGAAGUUUAGGAGUUUCUUGCAAGAGAGGUGA